AUGGAUGCCCCCCGAAGGGACAUGGAGUUGCUCAGCAACAGCCUGGCGGCCUACGCGCACAUCCGCGCUAACCCCGAGAGCUUCGGCCUCUACUUCGUGCUGGGCGUCUGCUUUGGGCUGCUCCUCACCCUGUGCCUGCUAGUCAUCAGCAUCUCCUGUGCACCCCGCCCGCGGCCCCGGGGCCCCGCCCCACGCCGGGACCCCCGCAGCAGCACCCUGGAAGCCGAGGAUGACGAGGACGACGACGACGAGGAGGACACAGUGACGCGGCUGGGCCCCGACGAUACGCUGCCGGGCCCCGAACUGUCCGCGGAGCCCGACGGGCCCCUGAGCGUCAACGUCUUCACUUCUGCGGAGGAGCUGGAGCGGGCCCAGCGGCUGGAGGAACGGGAACGGAUUCUGCGAGAGAUCUGGCGCACCGGCCAGCCGGACCUGCUGGGCACCGGCACCCUGGGGCCCAGCCCCACGGGCACGGGCACCCUGGGCCGCAUGCACUACUACUGA